CACGCCCCCCUCUAACCGCCCGCACGGCGGACCGCGCUGCCCGCCACGGCGCUCUGGAGCCCGGGGGAAACUUUCAGCACAGCGGGGUGGGCUGGUCUCCCCGUGCGGGAGAGUUUAAUAGAGAGUUUAUUCCAGCUGCUCCUCCUAAAGUAUCGGAGAGGUUGAAGCUUUCCACACACACACACACACACACACACACACACAAACACACACACACACACACACACACACACACACACACACUCUCUCUCUCAGAGAUAGACACACACACACAUAUAGCAGUGAUUGCUACUGAAGUGGAGAAGGUGGGGGACUAGUUCAGCUCAGAGGAGUUGGGGCUGUUUUUCUGUCUGUUCUGCUGGUUGGAGUCAUGUGAGGUGAACUGUAAUGUCCGUGGAGCAGGAAAAAGACUCGCUUUCGCUCAAAAGAAACCGAGGAGGAGACGGUGGUCUCGAUGGUUUAGGUGGGCCAGGCCUGCUUCUGGGGAGCCCAGAUAAGAAGAAACGCAAGUCCAGUACACAGGCUCCCUCCUUCGCACCGCUCUCUGAAUAUGCUCCUCCAGCUAACCCCAGCUCUGAUCACUUGGUGGCUUCCAAUCCUUUUGAUGAUAACUACAACUGUUCGCCUCCAUCUCUAAAGGCACUCAACACCAACAAUCCUUAUUUUAGCCCUUCUCACUACCCAGGAUUUGGUGGCUAUGGCCCGCCACGGAUGGCACCCCAUAUCCAGAACAGGAUGCCCUCUCCUUUUGGGGGGCCAUAUCAGAUCCGGAACCAGCCACCGCACCCAUUUUCCCAGAACCCAAUGAGCCCAUUGGGUAUGGGCUUUAACCGGCCGCCCAACUUUAGCUACGGCCACCCCGACGGUCCAGCCUUCGCCAAUCAGCCUAUAUUUAACACUGGUGGCAUUCACCUUCCAACUGGUCAGCCCUUUAGGCCAGGUCUUGGAGAGAACUUGAACCAGAUGCCCCUUCCCAAUGUGAACCAGAACCAGGGUGUUUCAGGUCGCUUGAGUCCUGGGUUUGGUCCGGAGGGACCUGGGAACUUGCCACCAACAGUGAAGCCAAACUCAGAUUUGAGCCCAGGAAUUUCUCAGCCAUCUAGCCAACUAGCCAACUUUGGCCAACCCAGUACACCAACAUCUACACCCAAACAGGGCCCAAAUGAAAUUGCAAACAACAAAAAAUCUGGUCUGAAUGCCAGUUCGCCCCGAAAACAAAACCAGAUUCCCGAGAAUGGUGGUGCAAGUCAAGAUACGCAUGUGGAGCCCAAAGGAAAAAACAGGGGAAAUGUCUCAGCUGGCCUUGAAGCAGGGGUGGAGAAGAUUAACGGUGUGAUCCAUCCCAGCCCUGACCCCUUAAAGAAAUCCCCACAGCCCACAGCUCAUAUCGAAACCCCAACAGAGAGGAACCGAAGGCCUGGGAGCGCCGGCCGUAGCGGCGGUGCUUUGUCCAAUAAAAAGACUUCAGCUCAUCCCAGCAGGCCCAACAACUCCAGCUCCUCCUCUGAGCCUGUGUACCCAUGCGGAAUCUGCCUCAGUGAGGUGAACGAUGACCAGGAGGCUAUUUUGUGUGAGGCCUCCUGUCAAAAAUGGUUCCACAGGGUGUGCACAGGGAUGACGGAGACGGCCUAUAACCUGCUGACGGCCGAGGUGGCCGCCGUGUGGGGCUGUGACAGCUGCAUGGAGGAGAAAGGAGGACAGCUCCUCAAAUCACGAGAGAUACAAGGCCAGCCUACAGCAAACAGCGAGGGACAGUCCUGAGUUGUGUUUUUUUGUUGGUUGUUUUUUUUUAAAGAAUUGCCAAUGCAGUCGUAUCUACUGUAGAUAAAGUCCUGCAGACUAAAGAUGUGAAGACAGGCUGUGCUCAAGCCAAGGUUUCUUACAAGGUGCACCUUUACAAAGGAUUUAGAUUGUGUAGUUAUCUAACCAGCACACUCAGAAACCAUAAUUUUACGUUAUCUGGUGAGGUACUUAUCGUCAGUCUAAGGUUACCUUCAUGCAGUGGGUAUAUGUGGCCCAUGUUCUGUCUUUUUUGGUCAAAUAUGAAGUAAAAAACAUAAAAUCUGACAAUUUCAGUUCCUUUUCAGACCAAUUUAAGCCAUAUAUGAGGUUUUGAAAUCCUGUACAAAUCAAUCACAUGACAAUGUGAUACAAUCUGGACAUAUAGAUCAGUAUUAAAGGAACUUUUUAGUCGGUCCAACUUGACAAUGGUCAUAAUUGCACAUUAAUGAGAAGGGAAAAUGGAUGGGUAAUGUGCAGCAUUGCCCUUUUGCACAUGAUCAGUCAGUCAGUUUAUGAGCGUGAACUGUUUGGAUGAAUGUCUGAUAUACAGUUGGUCACUUUAAAUAGACAGUGUGAACAGACUUGCUGUGAAAACACUUUAUCCAGUGUAUAAAUUUAGCCUUUGUUAAGGCUCUGUGCAAGCUGAUUGUUCCUUUAAAAUGAAAGCUUAAAUGAAAGUUUAAGGUGACUGUUAGCUGCCUAUCCUUUGAACAGAAUUAAUGUUUUUUUUUAAACUAAUUUAUAUGCCAUUAAAAUCAUGAACAUUAUUACAAAUAACACAUAUUUUUCAAAAAACAAACCUUCACUUAACAUUAAUGUUUUCACUUUGCUACAGAAAAAAACAGCUAACUUAUUUUUGCAUGUUUGGCUUAGCUUAACCCAAAGCUGAGGCUUCUACUAAAAUAAUGUCUUCUUCCUCAAGGAUCAGGAAUAGGAUUAGCUAAUUUACUGACAUCAAAUUAGAUUUUUUUUUUUAAUAUCAACGUUUUAGACUCCUGCUUACACAAAAAGAUUAUUUUUGUGAUUUUAAAUGAUUAAGCAAUUAACAAAAAGCUAGUUAGCUAUCUUACACACACAGAAAAAUGAGUUUAACCAUCUUGAAAAAAAAUAACAGCUUAAGCUUUUUAAGCUUUUUCUGGUUUGUUACUGCUUUAGCUUGUAAGCCAGCAUAUCACAUACAUUUUUAUGUGUUAUGCUGGUCAUUGCUAACAAUGAUUUUUAUGAUUUAAUUAUGAUUAUACAA